AUGGCAACUGACGAGUGGGAACAGAACACUCUCAUAAAUGUAGCCAUGUCCCUAACAAACCUCCCUCCGUACAACGAACAGAACACCAAGAACUGGUUUCUGCAGUUGGAAGCGAUUUUCUCAGUACGGAGAAUAACUUCACAGCAAGCAAAAUUCGCCAACGUGGUACAAGUUUUGCCACCUUCAGUUGUCGAUGAAGUAGCCGACAUCUUGGAACAUAUACCCGAGCAGGAGCCAUACUCGCCUCAAGGAUGCGAUUCUGAAACGAACCGGCCGUUCGGACGAGGAACUGCUCCGGGAACUUUUACCAACGUCACCAGGGGCGACAAAACACCCUCACAGCUUCUACGCUUCAUGAGGAGCCGCGAACUGUGGAUGGACAAGUUACCCACUACCAUAACGCAGAUAUUGGCACCAAUCGCUGACAAUACUCCACUGGCAAACUCCGCUGACCGAUCGCAACUAAACUGGACCCAGACGACACAACAGCCAAAGAAACGGAACUGGAAAAAAACGGAUCUGGAACCUGCAACAUCAGCUGCAGGAUAUACGAAUGCUCCUUUCCCGCAAAUCGAGAGGCCCGAUGCCGGUGGUUGGCGACGGAGAGCACGGAGUGCCAGCAGGGAUCGACGAGUCGACCCGGAAUUAUGCUGGUACCAUCACAGAUUCGGCACCAGGGCAAGGAAUUGCUCGGCACCCUGCAUCUCCGAAACCAAGUCGGAAAACUAA